GGGAGAAGGAUAGACCACCCAACUCAGUUAUGCUGUGGCCAGAACCACAUGUUUAAUCUUAAUCUUUACCAUAGGUUCAAACUGUUCGUGCCCCUAGGAACAAGGACUUCAGCAAUUUAAGUUAACAUGUGCUUCCAUUAAACCAUUGUGUCCACCCCCAAAUGGUUAUAAAUAUGUAGUAUAAGGUAUGGAUAGUGGGGGGAGGGGGUGGAGUGGAUGAAAGUUGAUGCUAAUACUCCAGAAUAUUCUCCACUCAAAAUGACACGGAAAAUUUCUACUCAAUACCUCCUAGCUUCCGUAUUUCUGGGUAAAUAUUUUUGGGGAAAAUAAUUUCUGUUUUCAUUCCAGCUGUGUGGCAGAUACUGUGAUGGAUUGCAAUUGCAAAAAGUAAGACACCAUUCCAGCCUACAAAGGACAAUGACAACCAGGAAGCUUCAACCAGAUCCUGCCCUUUCCUUGAAAGGAACUGGAUCCUAGGAGUUGAAGACAUUUGGAAACUUGUAGUCCUCUGCCUCCCUCUGCUGUUAUUCUUGAGAAGUUUUUCCUCACAACAAUGAGAAAUCAUGUACUAGCUGCAUCCUUUUCUAUGCUCUCCCUGCUGGCAAUAAUGGGAGAUACAGACAGCAAAAUGGACAGCUCAUUCAUGAUGGACUCGGAUCCCCGACGCUGCAUGAGGCACCACUACGUUGAUUCUAUCAGUCACCCAUUGUACAAGUGUAGCUCAAAGAUGGUGCUUCUGGCCAGGUGUGAGGGGCACUGCAGCCAGGCGUCACGCUCCGAGCCUUUGGUGUCCUUCAGCACUGUCCUCAAGCAACCCUUCCGCUCCUCCUGUCACUGCUGCCGGCCCCAGACCUCCAAGCUGAAGGCAUUGCUGCUGCGCUGCUCAGGGGGCAUGCGACUCACUGCCACCUACCGGUACAUUCUCUCCUGUCACUGCGAGGAGUGCAGCUCCUGAGGCCUGCUGCUGAGUGGCUUCUGGAUGUGACAGCAUCCCGUGGCCAAGGCAAUUCAACUAGCCAGGGCGGGACUGGCAAGAAAAGAGUGAAGGCAUGAAAGAUGCAGCAAAUCCCACAGGAUUCUGCAUAUUCUAGUAAUAAAGACUACGUGCUUGUUGGCACAGAGAUACUCUGGGAACUUGUUUUCAGUUCCCAUCUCCUUUCCCUGGUACAAUUUCUUUUGGUUCCUUUUUAGAUUUUGGCUCUGAACACUGUUUGGGUUUUCAGCAACUUAACAUUAAUGAAAAAAAAAAUGGGUACUCAUGCAAGAGUAGGUCUGGCUGUCACUGUUUGGUGCUUAUUAGGGAAGAAUUCACUUUGGAAAGCAAGAAAGCCCAAAUCUUUAUGGACCAUCUUCUGCUGCUUCUUUUGUCUUGUCAUUUUGGGCUAAGGUUGCCAUUGCUGCUAAAAGGUUACCAAUUCCAAAUUCCAGACACCAAGCACAUGGAUGUGUUUAGCCAGGUUUACUCACAACUAGCUAACUGAUAUUAAAAAUAACUAACAAACGGAUUCUCUUAUGUGAUGCUGGAACUCUGGACAGCUAUAAUUAUUAUUUGGAAUUGACUUUUGGGAAGCAAAAGUGGCAAAAAGAGUUUGUCACCAGAGGGAUCUCUCAGAUAAAUUGUGGUAAAAUUUUUGUAAGGGAGCAGACUUUUUAAAGACCUGUACAAAUGUGGAUCCUGCACUGACUUUGAAAAAGGCAUAUAUGUUCUAGUGGCAUGGAGAAUACACUAUACUGAUGCAUGCAAAUUAGACAACCAAGUAUGAAUCUAUUUGUGGGCGUGCUAUAGCUUUAGCCAUUUCGUGGGCAUCAUUCUCUAACAUCCACUUGUCCAUAUGAAGCUUGGUGCCAAAAUGGCAGGCUGGCUCAUCUUCUGAACAUUUGGCUCAAGUGUAUUUUCAUCU